AGUCAGACCUCGUCCUCCUUCCACAGCAUUGCAGCACUUCAGCAGCAAAGCCAGCCUCCCGCUUCUCCACCUCUGCGUUUCGCAGCAUCCCUUCUACCGCCCAUCUCACCACCAUGGCCAGCACCGUUUCAGCUUACAAAGAGAAAAUGAAGGAGCUGUCUCUGCUUUCACUGAUCUGUUCUUGUUUCCAUACCCAGCCACAUCCCAAUACCAUCUACCAGUAUGGAGAUAUGGAGGUCAAGCAAUUGGACAAGAGGGCUUCUGGCCAAAGCUUUGAAGUGAUUCUGAAGUCCCCCUCUGACUUGUCCCCUGAAAGCCCAAUUCUCUCCUCUCCCCCCAAGAAGAGGGAUCUGUCCCUGGAGGAACUGCAGAAGAGAUUGGAAGCUGCAGAAGAGAGAAGGAAGAACCAGGAAGCUCAAGUCCUGAAGCAGCUUGCAGAGAAGCGAGAACAUGAGAGGGAGGUGUUGCACAAGGCCCUGGAGGAGAACAACAACUUCAGCCGGCUGGCUGAGGAGAAGCUCAACUACAAGAUGGAGCUAAGCAAGGAGAUCCGUGAAGCUCACCUAGCUGCCUUGAGGGAGCGACUCCGCGAAAAGGAACUGCACGCAGCUGAAGUGCGCAGAAACAAGGAACAACGGGAAGAGAUUUCUGGAUAAAAGGCUUUUCUACACAGCUAGCACCUGCUUCCUAAUAACUCACAAACAAAUCCCAACUUCUUCUUCUUGUUCUUCUUUUUUGUCUAGACAGGGCAACAUCUGGUUUCUCCAUUUCUUCCGUCUCCCCAUUUCCCUGCCCUCUGGUGUACAAGCUGCAUAUCUUUCUCCUCUCUGUGUCUUUAACAUGGAGGUUCAUAGAGACCUCCCAGCAGAAUAGCAAUUAGUUUACCCUGAAUAUAGAAUCCAUAAACCAGCUUUUCUUUGGGCUCUUCAAAGAAAAAAGCAAACGUUUUAACACACAAGAAUUAAGGUAGCACUUGGGAUGUGUUGGGCAACGUUGCAAAGGGCUGCUCUCUAUGAACCCUCAUUGCUCUUAUUAUUCGGCCCCAGCCCAGGAACACUAUGGGACUGGCCAGACAGGAUCCUUCCCUGUCAAGAAUGGCAACAAGGCCAAUCUCACACAUCCUGUGCUUAAAGAAUACAUCUUGAGUUAAGUGCACACUGCAAAUGGAAAAGCAACUUUCUGUUUGCAAGCAGGUGCAUUGCACGCAUGCAUCCGAACCAUGAUUUGCUGUGGCUUCUUCCUUCAGACCCCCAUCUCGGUCUGCCUGUAUACGAGCAAAUGAGUCAUAAGAGGCCACUGCUUUCUUGGUGGUGGAAGUUAUGACUAGAUAGUUGAGAGAUUCGAUUAAGAGACACCUCCUGCAGUUUCAUUUUUGCUUCCUUGAUUGAUUGACAGGUGAUGGUAGAUUUGUUUAAGGGGCUUGAGUUUGAAGAGCACAUUAAAAAAGCAGGAGAGCAGGCAUGAUCUGCUGCCCUAUUCAACCUCAGACCUAGUCAGGCUUUUAGACUGAACGGUACUUUAUUUUCAGAAGACCUCUCUCCAGGUUUAAGGAUCAUGGGGCAGCAGAGUCAUUAUGUAUGGCAUGUGGUCUUUGGCAUCAUAGCGCAGAAAAGGUGCCUGGCUAGACAGCUACCAACAAGAUCUUAGCUAAACGUUGUCCCUGGAGACAGUCAGCUAACUUUUCUCUAAAGACGGAAGUGUCUUGUAAGAAGCACAGCCUGGUCUUUUUGUAGUAAAGGAUGUAAGAACGGGAUAAUUUCAGCCUCAGUUAAGUACAAUGAAGCAAGUUACGUACAGUGGGCGGCUGCCUCAAAUAAAGGAUCGAGAAACAUAAAAGAAACGGGUGAAGCUGCAGAAGUAAUGGAAUGCUGAAGUGAGCGAAUGUUUGGACUGCAAUACUCUCUCCCUAUCCGAAGUAGGGUGUUUUAGGCACAUGUAAUUUUGAAUAGUUUAGAAGUCUGUAAGAGCUGAUUUUCCCUUUAUUUUUUCGAACGGGAUCAGGCAAGUACCAGAUUCUGAAUGGCAAAACAUACGCCAGCAUCUAUCAAGUGUGACUGUUACUUUUUUCAUUUACAGUUCAUCUUUUAGUUCGCGGCAUACUUUAAAAAACAAACACCAGGAGAGUAAAAGGCUUAUUUAAACUGCAGGGAAGCAAACAAGAAGCCAGGAAAAACAAAAGACGAUCACCCCAGGUUUGUCAGUUCUCGAAUGUCUGAUAAGAAAAUAGGCCUUAUGAAGGCACACUGAAAGAGAUGAGCUGUUUUAAUGGGCAGAAGUUUCUAACCCCCACUGCGGCAUUUUAAUUCAGCAAAAACAACCCAUCAAAUAUCAGAGUGAGUGUCAUUUCCAACUGUCCUUCUCAGGACUUGUAUUGUGACAUUUUAACCAAAAUAUAAAGUGGAGUUUUUGCAUCAGUUCUUCUAGGA